CAUUUGGCGGGCAAAAUGAAUAAUUCCGUGAAAUAACUCACUCCUCCGGACCAAAGGAUUUCAAGUGAUUAUCUCACUGUAGCUUCCCCUCUUGCUGAGUGAAGAUGUAUCGGAGUGUGUGUGUUCCUGCCACACUGCUGGCUCUCCUGGUGCUGACAUUUGUGGUGCCCAGGGGCCAAUCCUGUCCCAGGAGCUGUAACUGCUACCAGGCCAGCGAAGUCCACUGUACCUUUCGCUCCUUGCUCACUAUACCUCCUGGCCUGCCUGCACACACGCGACGCAUAAACUUAGGGUUCAACAGCAUCAGCAGGAUCCAUGACAGUUCACUGGCGGGGCUAAAGAGGGUGGAGCUCCUCAUGCUCCACAGCAAUGACCUGCACCAUCUCCCAGAUGCAAUGUUCAAAGAUAUGAAAUCACUGCAGAUACUAAAGCUGAGCUAUAACAAGCUGAGAGAGAUCUCUUCAUCUCUGACCUUCUCUGGCCUGACCUCACUGCUGCGUCUGUACUUGGAUCACAACCUCCUCCAGCAUAUCCAUCCACGAGCCCUGCUCCAGCUGCCUAGCCUCAGGCUGCUACGUCUGCAAGGGAACAGGCUGCAUCAGCUGCACCCUCACACUCUGUGCACACUGUCCCUCCUUAAUACAUACUACUUCUCCACACUCAGACACCUAGACCUGUCCAACAACAGCCUAACCACACUGCCCAAAGACACCUUAGCAACAGCACCUCUGCUUGAGACUCUUGUGCUGCAGGACAAUCCAUGGAGUUGCGACUGUAGGAUGAACUGGUUUCUCACAUGGAGUCUGGCUCACCCAGGCUUAAUGAAAUGUCCCAGUGGCCCUCAGUGUCCAACUUGCGAGUCACCUAUGUCCCUUCAAGGGCAGGGCUUGCUUGAUCAGCCUGAACUAUCGUGUACCUCACCUGUUAUCCCGUCCGCAGGAAGAAACAUACCUUUGGAAACCGAACUCAGUGAAAUUCAAUCAAGUGAGAGCUUCAGAGAGCCUUUAGGCAGCGCAUCUGUGAGUCUGUCUGACCAACAAGGGAACAGCGUCGAUCUGAGUUGCAACAUCAGUCAGUCUUCGGACUCUCAGGAUAUUGCUCCUCCUCCAGAUUUGUCCCUUUCCUCCUCGUCUCCUCUCCCUCUCGCUCUGUCGCUCUCCCUGGAGUGCCCUGUAGAGAGACAUAGCUAUGAGAAACUUUGGAGGAUUCUGGCUUACUACAGUGAGACUGCAGUUCGCCUUGAGAGGGAAAUCAUGCUGAGUAAACCCCCGGCAUUGGCCUACCGCUACAGGCAGGCAGCAGAGACAGACGGAUAUUAUCACACUGGAGUGAAAGCUUCUGUUAAAGUCAGACCACAGUGGUUACUGCAGCCAGCUAUAAGCAUCCAACUUAACAGAGCGCAGUCUACUGGACACAAAGUUCGCCUUAUAUACUCAACAAGAGUUUCUGCUCAUCCUGGCCCUACAUCUUAUCCCUCAACAUCAUCCCCUGCUUCUCACCCAUGGGUUAUGAUUUCAACUAAUCAUACUACCACAACAAUGGCAGCAGUAUCAGGCAGUAAGGUGGAGCUCUCCUGCCCUCUUUUAAGUUCUGGCACCCCCAAAGUACAGUGGAUUCUCCCAGAUGGAUCCAAGCUCAUCUCCCCCUCCAACAGCCUGGAUGGUAGGCUCCAGGCCUCAGCCUCUGGUUUACUUCUACAAAAAGCACAGGUGUCAGAUGCUGGGAUUUACUACUGUGUAGCCCAGGUUGGCAGAGAGGUAGAUGUUCUCCCCCUGCGCUUGGUAGUGGAGGAAUCCUCUGUCCCGCCCUCAGGAGAGCAAGUGGGACCUCCUGUCACCGGAACAGUUGGAGAGCCUGUCAGUCUGUCCUGCAAGGCAUCUGCUUCACCAGAACCUCAUAUGAGUUGGGUGUUGCCAGAUGGAAAUAUAAUACGGUCUGGAUUAGCUGUAUCAGGUGGACUCACUAUAAGACCAAAUGGGAGUCUGUCUCUAGCUAACCCUUCUCUGAGGGAUGCUGGUCAUUACCGCUGCAUCGCGGUCAACCGUUAUGGUAGUGAUUCUCUGUCAGUGCAGUUGGAAUUAAAACCAAAACAACCCCCUCCACUUAGGACUUCAUUUCCCAGAGGACCACAGUCAGCAGCUGGCCGGUCUACCAAGGUACGAGCCCCUUUACUACAUCAAUUGGAAGAAGGAUCAGGGGUUGAAGAGGAAGAAGAAGAGAGAACUUUUGUUGGUAAUGGGAAGCGUCCAAGGCCUCACCAACCUCCCCCUAACAGACGUUAUCCAAUUGGAAAACCCAGAAGACGUGGGCCUGCGAGAGAAGGCCCUUUGAGGAGAGGAGGAGGGCCUGUAUCCUCCAUUGACCAGAGAAGAAACCGCUUUGACAACAGACAUAGACUCACUACAAACAAACAAAGAUUAGACCCUCAGAAAUGGGCUGACCUACUGGCUAAGAUUCGUCAAAAAACUGCUCAGACUAAUAACAGCCAACCCAACACAGCAGGAAAGCCCACAGCUGAACCGGUGGGAAGAGGCAAAGACAGAGAAACAGCAAGAAAUAAGGGGGCGGAUGAUACCGAGAGAGGUAGAGCUGAGGAAGCAGGGGUGGAAGCAGAAACUGAAGGGUCCUCUGUGGAUGACACUGUUCUACAACAGGAAGGCCUACAGCCCAUCAGUCCCGUUCUCACAAAAAUACAGACACACACAGAGACAAAAACAGACACAGAGACAGAGAGAGGGAAUGAGAGGUCAACAGAAACUCAGAUAGACAUCGAGACCAAGACACAUACACAGCCUCAGAAUCCAGGUCCACAGACAGAGACAGUGACAAACCCAGAGAUACAAAAAGAACCCGUUACAUCUAAGCCAGUCUCUGGAACUAAUGAAAUUGUCACAGAACCAUCUGAAGGAGGUGACAGAGGUGCAAUCCCCAACCCAUCUAGAACCAGGCCUCACAAUCCCCGGCAGGGAGUUUUGCCUAAUUUGGUUCCAAACUCUAGACCUCAAAGCCCUUGGAACUCUCGCAGGAGGAUCGGACAGCAGAGACGAAUCAUCAAAAGGCCCAGAGUGCAACCUUUGACCCCACCCCGACUUCUUCCUGACCCUGUAAACCAGAGGUCACAAACCGCAUCACCUGACACUGUCACAGAGAAAAUGAAUAUGUUGUUGCUAGGGUCAACAACCACAUCUCCAGUUAUUUUGUUGACAAGGAAUCACAGUAUUGAGACUGCUCCAAAUGAUGUGACACUGAAUCCUCUGUCCCACCCUGUUUCUUACACUCUUGGUAUCUCCUCAGAAUCUGCCUCCCCCUCAUCGAGUCCCUCUGCCACCUCCUCCACCUCAUUAUCCCCCUCUCACACACAGACACAUAUAGACAUGACUAACUCAGUCGACAUCCCAGACACUGCAGAGUCCAACCUCUCCAACACAGCGACACCAGCACCCACACACUCUAAUGUUGUGAUCUCACAGGCACAUGUGCCAGACGCACACGCCGGCACGCUCACACAUGGCAUACAGAUACACACAAAAACACACACAGCCUUAGGAAAACAUGUUGAUAGUCCCCCAAGAGAGCACAGUGAGGAGCAGGAGAGGAAUUUGUUGGUUGUACCUCUCUCUUCUGCUCACUCCUCAGUUGUGUCCUCCACAGUACCCACUCCUGCUAUAGCUGCUACUGUAAAAAUCUCAACUCCUUCAACCACUCUCAGGAGUACACCUUCUACUAGUUCUGCUGAAAGCACUACGAUUAGUGAGGACGCACUUCCCACAACAACUACUCCUGUGACAACAUAUCCAGUCACAUCUACUACAACUACUGUUAUCAUUCCAACAUUUAGCUCCACCAGAAGUACUACAACUACUGCUACAUCUUCUAGUACUACCACAGCUCCUAUACUUACACCCACUGCUUCCACUACCACUUCCUCAACUAGCACUUCUACCACUACUUUUACUACUACUGCUUCUACAAGUACUAAAAUCGCAUUCAAAGAUGCUCCCACAACUCUAAACCCUAAACCCACUACUACAUCUACUACUACAACUACCACUUCUACUACUAGUACUAGAAUGGCUGCAGCCAAAACCUCUCCAACCACUACUAGGGCAUCUACUUCUAGUACACCUAGUACCACAACAAUGACAUCAACAAGUACAAGAGCAUCAUCUAGAGAGAGGCCAAGCAUUGGCCAAGUUGAUCCCCGAGGGAGGCCUGUUUCUGGGGCUCCAAACCAGAGUCGAUCACCUCCUGACUGGAAGAACCCCGGAGCUAAUUCUAUUCCUGAUUCACACAGCAGCAGGCCACACUUGUCCCCCUCCUCUUCGCUCCCUGUUGUCCCUGGGACCCCAGCUGUGAGAUCCAGACCAAGAAUUGCGGACCCACACAUCAGGACGGUGUCAUUCCCUGCAGAGAGCACUGCAAAUCUGGCUUGUGAAGCUCAAGGAGAGCCGAAACCCUCCAUCACAUGGACUAAGGUUGCCACAGGAGCUGUGAUGUCAGUCCACUCCAAGACUCAGCGUUUUGAGGUGCUGCCAAACGGCACCCUUGUAAUCCAGAAUAUUCAACUGCAGGACAGGGGCACAUACAUCUGCAGUGCACACAGCUUCCUGGGUCGUGACAGGCUGUUAACUACCCUGGAAGUGUGGACCCGCCCCCCUCGGAUGCAGCUGGCCAGUUACAGAGAAGCUACCAUUCAUCAGGGUGGAGAGCUGCUCUUGGAGUGCCAGGCGAAUGGUGUCCCUGCCCCUCUGCUGUCUUGGGUUCUCCCUGAUCGUUCUGUCAUGACGUCUGCUGCCCCCUCCCCGAGCCGCAUCUUUAUGUACACAAAUGGAACCCUUCAUAUCUCAGUAACUUUACCUAGUGACAGAGGAGUGUAUCGCUGUGUGGCCUCCAACUCAGCAGGUGCUGCCAGUGUCUCUGUGCGUGUACACGUGUCCUCGUUGCCCCCAGUGAUACAUCAACCCAGAGAAGAACACCUGCUCUUGUCUCCAGGGAGGCCUGUUUAUGCUUACUGCUCUGCCCGAGGUGCCCCACCACCAACUCUGCGCUGGCGAAUCCCAGAUGGGACCCUGGUUCGCCCAUCCCAGUUUCUCCAUGGCAACCUCUUUGUCUUGCCCAAUGGGACACUUCAUAUUCGAAGAGUUGGGCCAAAGGACUCAGGGAGCUAUGAGUGCACAGCUAGUAAUGCUGUUGGAACUGACAAGAGAACAGUGAGGGUAGAAAUUGAAGGGGGAGCAGAAGGAGGAAGAAGAGAAGGUGGAGCAGGAAAAGAAGAGUCAAAAGCAGUUGCUACUAAAAAAACGUCUCCUUCAUAUUCAGUCAAUGAAGAAAGAACUUUGCCCACAAAUCCAUUCAACUCCCCGAAACUUUCCCCUCCAUUGCACUCUGAUAGAUCCAGGACUUUGCCGCUCAGCCCGAGCUCUGCUCACUCCUCUUCUAACCCUCACCAACCCAGUUCCACAAACUCACCCCCUAAAAUCAAUAAAACAGUCACUUCCUCCCCCACACUCUUUACCAACAUCAGCAAAACAAAACACUCCCCUCUCUCCACAGUGCCUGCAAAUAACACCAAAGUCUCACCCAGUAUUGUAAAUGACACAAGAGUUACUUCUUCUUCUUCCCCCUCUGACAAAAGCAGAGCCUCAGCUGUUUUGCAUCCUAUGCCCAUCUCCCCUUUCAGCAAAGCCCGUAUUGUCUUUACAUCACCCUCCUCUACAACUGUCCACUAUGGGGGGAUUUUGCAGCUCCACUGCUCUGUAACUGGCAACCCAACUCCCAUCAUCAUUUGGAGGACCCCUAACAGGAAACUGGUGGACAUGCAUUUCAGUUUUGACCGUCGCCUGAAGGUGCAUCCUAAUGGUACCCUGACGGCUCAGGCAGUAACAGAGAAAGAUGCCGGAGACUACCUUUGUAUUGCACGCAACAAGGUUGCAGAUGAUUAUCGCCUCCUGCGUGUGUCUGUGGCUACCAAGCCUGCCAAGAUCGAGCCAAAACAAGCACUCAAUCAGAUGGUGUCGCUCGGUAAGCCGCUGAAGGUGGACUGCCAGGCAUCAGGGCUGCCUGACCCAGCUGUUCGUUGGAGUUUACCAGAUGGAACCGUGGUGAACAGUGUGUUGCAAGGGGAAGACAGAGGCGGGCGAGCACGGAGGCUAACUGUGUUUGACAAUGGGACGUUACUGGUUCCAGCGGUGGGUAUGGGAGAAGAAGGGGAAUAUACGUGUUAUGCUGAAAAUCAAGGUGGUCAAGACACAAUGAGGGUCAAAGUGAAGGUCAUGAUGACAAGUCCACCAACCUUCACAGAUGACAGAAGCUACCAGAUCAUUAAAGUACGUCAGGGAGCAACCGCCACAAUUCGCUGCCAGGCCACAGGAGACCCUGCCCCAACAGUGACGUGGUUCUCCCCAGGCCGGCGCAUCAUCCCACAAAGUUUGGGCUCUGGUUAUUAUUCUGAGAGGAUUGUGGUGGUUGCGGAUGGAACUCUGGAGGUGCGUCUGGCCCAAAAGGUUGACACAGGAAACUAUACAUGUCGAGCAAGCAACUCAGCUGGGGAGAGGAGCAUGGUGGUGGGUCUGGAGGUGGAGGCUUCAAACCAUGGAAUGAGUGGCCAGGUGGGAGGAAGAAGUACAAACAAUGGGCCUGGUAGUAGUAGAUCAGAAGGGAACAACAUAAAUAAUGCAAGAAUAACUCAGUAUGGAUUUACCAAUGGAGCCUCAAGCAAACUGAGCAGCAAUAACAGUGGCAGUAAUGGCUAUAGUGAUAAUAAUAGCAGGAUAACAAACACUGAACCAAACACUGGCAUUUACACAGCAACCAGUGGCUCUAAUCCUGCCCUUAGGAGUGAUAGUCGAACUGGAUUCAAAAGACCUGUCAGUGGGAUUACAACACAACUUGGUAGCAGUGUAAUCAGUAUUGGGGUAGGCGGGGCGGGCAAUAUAGGCAUCAAAGCAGACAACACUGGAAUAAAUAGAUAUGGACCUGGCAUUGUGAGUAGCAGUAGUAAUAGUGUGAGUAACAGUCACAGCACAGUUAGAGGAGAAAGUGUUGAAAAGAAUCCUGGGACUAAUAAUAAUGAAGUCAUAGCAGGAAGGGCUAGUAAUGAUGCUAUCACCAGUAGAGAUGGUGGCAGGACAAGUGGUGUUACUAGAAAUGUUGGCAUUAGCAGUAGUGUGUCUAUUGGUGACAGCAGGAGCAGAGGUGGUAUAGCUGCUAAUAACACAGGUACUAAAAACUCUGCUAACACAGUUGUGGGUGUGGCAACGACAGCGAAGCAGCGAGCAGUGAAAGGCCAAACUGUUCUUUUGCCAUGCCCCUCCCAAGGCUCCCCUCCCCCUCGUCUGGCCUGGCUUCUGCCUGGAAACGGCGUGUUGCCAGCUCCUUACUAUGGCAGUCGGCUCACUGUGCACCGAAACGGCUCCUUGGAGCUGCGAGGUGUGCGGGCAAGCGAUGCUGGGACCUUGGUUUGUGUAGUGAGAGGUGAUAGAGGAGAGACGAGGAUACACGUGGAGCUGGAGGUCGCUGAGCCACAGAAAGAGUCCAGAUCUCCACACAGGGGACCACCUGUGGAGAAAAGUCCUGGUUUGAUUGAGGCACCUCAGUCCGGAACCUCAUUGGAUUCAGCUCGGUCCUUAAGCACAGUGUCCCCUGAGAGGCUUCAUCCAAGAAUCCCGGUUUCUCAAAAGCCUCAGCAGAGGGGCUUGAGUUUACCUGCAUCACCUCACCCCAUUGGCCCUCCGCCUCGCUCAAAUGGCCAUGUCUCACAGCCAGUGGUGAGCACCAGAACAGCCUCCUUGGUGAGCAUCAUUAACGGAGAGACCCUUCGCCUGCCUUGCCCUGCUCCACAAACCCUAGGAUACACCCAGGGCUCUCUCUCGUGGACCAUGCCCAGCGGCAAAGUGCUUUCCCGGGGUGAGAGUGGUGAGUCAGGUCGUUACUCAGUCCAAGAAGAUGGAACCCUAACAGUGCAACAGGCCUCUGUGUUCGACCGAGGCACCUACACUUGCAGGUCCACCAGUUACGACUCCUCCUCAGUUUCAGUCGUCACGGUUCCUGUCAUUGUCGUCGCUUAUCCACCACGUAUCACAAAAGGCCCCUCCCCUGUGACCUACACACGGCCAGGAGUCGCUGUGGAGCUGCCCUGCCUGACCAUAGCAACACCUCGGGCAACAGUGACCUGGGAAACACCAGACCUGACACAGCUGAGGGUGAUGGGUCAGGCUCGUAUCUAUGGCAACCGCUACCUUAAUCCUCAGGGUUCCUUGGUGAUACAGAACCCGACAAGUAGGGAUACUGGGUUUUACAGAUGCACCGCCAAAAAUGUAAUAGGAGUGGACACCAAGGCGACCUAUCUGCAUGUUAUAUAAUGAGGUCAAGCAAACACACUCACACAAACAUGCAGUAGAAAGACAGAGACUCCACCAGUCUUCUGUGCUGGUGAAUGAACUCCUCUGCUGUUAACACAAUGUGCCCCUCAUGCCCAAAGGAACUGCAAGGCUCCGUGC